AUGGCAUCUCUCAACCUCUCGACCAACGGUCCCUCCAUCAACAAAAGCUACCAAUCUGUUGUUAACGCCACUCUCCCAUCCGGCUCUCCAACUUAUGGUCAAUGGGCCCUGUUCUCCGUCUCCGCCCCACUAGUCAAUGCCUUUCAACAGGAUGCCGGAAACAAAGAGAGUGUCCUGAAGGUCCAAACCACCGGAGACGGUGAAUUGGACGAUCUCAUCGAAGAGUUCUCCGAGGGUCGAGUUCAAUUCGCCUACCUCAAGGUCAUUGAUCCCAACACCGGUCUGCCCAAGAAUGUAUUGAUCGCCUGGUGCGGUGAGGGUGUCCCUGAGCGGACAAAGGGCUACUUCACCAGUCACCUGGCCAGUGUUUCCAAGUUCCUACAUGGGUACCAUGUGCAAAUCACAGCUCGCGCCGAUGGUGACCUGACCCCCCAGGGUAUCAUCCAACGGGUCGGAGAUGCUUCGGGCUCCAAGUACUCGGCUUCAUCACAGGGUCCCGCCGUAACUCCCGCUGCCAACCCCCGCCCUCCCGUCGCGACUAAACCCGCCUUCACCCCGUCCCGAUCUGGCGGCAUUUCCGUCCCAACUCCAUCAGUCGCCCGCCCUUCCGUCUCAUCAAAUGUCGAUGAUGAUGGCUGGGGUGCCGAUGCUCCUCCCGUCACAAGAUCUCAACUUGAAAAGGUCCAGCCAGCUUACCAACCUACCCGCGUGAACCUGCAGCAAUUGAAGUCGGAGAACCAGGCCCCCGCCCCACGACAAGUCCCCACGGCUUCGGGAAGCGGUGCUGAUGUGGUGGGUGGCGGCUACCAGCCCAUCGGCAAGGUCGACAUUGCGGCCAUUCGGCGACAAGCAGCCGCGUCAGGUGAGACGAAGGAUGAUCGUCCUUCGAUUGUGAAGGGGUCCUACGAGCCAGUGGGCAAGGUGGACAUCGCGGCCAUUCGGGCCAGAGCCCAGAAGCCCGAGGAUGCCCCCGAGCCCACCAGAAGCCCUGCUCCUGUUCCUCAGAACGAGCCCGUGAACUUGCCCGUGCGACCGGCGGUGGUGGAGAGCUCUUCUGAGCGACUGACAUCUUUGCCCAAGCCCAAGGUCGCCAACAAAUUCGGAGGCGGCCCGUCGUUCGGUGGCACCAAGCCGCCUCUUCCUUCAGGAUCCUCGGCCGCUGUUGCCCCCGCGCCUAUCGGCAGCGCCAGCCGUACCUUUGCCGACCAGGGAGGCAAGACUCCGGCCCAGCUCUGGGCAGAACGCAAGGCCAAGGAGCGUGGUGAAGCUCCCGCUCCCGCUCCCUCCGCGGAACCAUCGCAGCCCAUCCAGAGCCAGGCCAGCGGUCAAAACGAGUGGAAGAGUUCUUACGCUGGCAAGUCUUGGGCUACCGUCCAGACCGUACAGGAUCGGGCGGCCCCCGAAGUGGCUGAUGUGCGAGCCAACGAGCCUGCUGAGUCGGCGCAACCUCCCUCUCACGUCCAUGAUGUUCGUGACCAGUUCGCCCCGGAGCCCUCGCAGCCCGCUCCUCCUCCCGUCCCCCAAGCCAAUCGUCCCGUCCCAGCUCCCAUUCCUGUUCCUAUCCCGGUGCCUGGACUCCCUGCUGGGCCUACAGAGCCCACCGAGCCCGAGGAGGAAGAGCACGAUCUCGCGAUGCCCGUUGGCCGCGGUGUUGAAGAGCCAGCCGUGGCAGAUGCUCACGAGGAGCAGGACGCUCCUCCUCCCCCGAUGCCCGUCCGGAGCCUGCAAGAGGCCAUUCCUGACGAGAGAGAUCUCGAGGAGACCCAAGACCUUGGCCGUGCCACCGCCGAAGCCACCGCUCCUGAUCAUUCCCAGGGCGGAAUUCGGGCUCAGGUCCAAUUCGACUACGAGAAGGCCGAGGACAACGAAAUUGAACUCCGAGAGGGUGAGUUCGUGACGGAGAUUGAGAUGGUGGACAAAGAUUGGUGGUUGGGUGUUAACGCUCGUGGAGAGCACGGUCUCUUCCCUGGAAACUAUGUUGAGGUUGUGGAGGAUGACGAGGCCGGUGCGGCUAUCCAUGAACAUGCUCAUGAGCCUGUCCGUGAACCUUCUCCCGAGCCUGAACCAGUUCAUGUCCCUGCCCCCGCGCCUGUUCCCGCUGCUGUGCCCGCCCCACCCCCGUGGCACCAGCCAGCUCGAAGGGACAGACAGCGACUGCGCUCUAUGAUUAUGAGGCAGCAGAAGACAACGAGAUCAGUUUCCCCGAGAAUGCGAAGAUUCUGA